AUGGACAAGCGCGGCUCGUGUGGCUCCAGGAUGGCCAGGGGGGUGCUGGCACCUGUGCGGGCUGCCAGCUGUGCCCAGCUGCUCAGCAGCAGCAGACAUUGCCCUUGGAAAAUGAACCAGCUUCCUCCAAAGAGUGCUGUGGCAUCCCCAGUGUCAGAGAGCACGAAUUCCAGGGGAGAGGCUUUGGACAGCUUGUCAAUGGACAGUUUUUGGCUGGAAGUGGAGAACAUUAAACAGAGCGCUGAGGCCGAGCAGGAGGAAUGCAGCCUUGCAGAUGUCAAAACACAGGAGGAGGGAGAGGCCGAGGCCGAGUGGCUGCAGGACGCGGGGCUGGCCGAGCUGCUCGGGGAGCCGGCGGGGGACAAGGACAACCUGGUGCUGCUGUCCACGCUGACCAGGACGCAGGCGGCGGCCGUGCAGCGCCGGCUGGACACGUACUCGCGCUCGCGGCGCAGGAGGAACAAGCACCCCGUGCGCGACGUGCGCGACAUCUUCGCUGCCAGCAGCUCCCAGGACACAGCAGCAGAGAAAGAGGAGUCCAGCACAGAUCCACUGUGGCAUAAUCUACGGACUUCAAACACCCAGAGAACAGAAACCCAGGAUUAUCCCUGCACAGUUCGAAACCCUGGGAAGGAGGAGGUGUUCAACAUGGAUGUUGCCUACUCAGAGCAAGCAGCUGUCCUGCUCAAGGGAUCCUUCCUGUCUGAAUCCAGGAAGUUAAAGGAUGGAAAUGCCCUAACAAGAUUUAAGAUCCCGAAGGGCAGACUAGGAGUGACCAGGAUUGGAGAUCUGUCAGCUCAGGACAUGAAGAAAAUCCCCACACUGGCCCUCAUUGAGCUUACAGCUCUCUGUGAUAUCCUGGGCUUUGAGCUGAAGAGAAACAAAGCAGCAAAACUGAAAACAACAGAGAAAAGACUCUUUGGAGUUCCACUCAACACCCUGUUGGAAAAUGACCAAAAGCUGCUGCCCAACACCAAGGUCCCUCUGCUACUCCAGGCACUGCUGUCCUGCCUGGAGAAGAGAGGGCUUGAAACAGAGGGCAUCCUGAGAGUUUCUGGGUCCCAGACCAGGAUUAAGAGCCUGGAGCAGAAGCUGGAAAGGGAUUUCUACAGCGGGCUGUUCCGCUGGGAUGAUGUUCACCAGAAUGACGUGUCGGGGCUGCUCAAGAGGUUCAUCCGCGAGCUGCCGGCCCCGCUGCUGACUGCAGAGUACCUGCCUGCCUUUGCUGCUGUUCAGAAUAUUCCAGACCUGAAGCAAAGAUUGCAAGCUCUAAACCUCCUGAUCCUGAUUCUGCCAGAGUCCAACAGAAACACUCUGAAGGCCCUUCUUGAGUUUCUCAGCAAGGUGGUUGCCAGGGAAAAAAACAACAAAAUGAACCUCUGGAACGUUUCCACAGUCAUGGCCCCAAACCUCUUCAUGCACAAGGGGCUGCCAAACAAGAUCCCCGAGGGGAAGGAGAAGCAGCUGGCGGAGGGGGCGGCUGAUGUGGUGCGGAUGAUGAUCCAUUACCAGGACCUGCUCUGGACUGUCUCCUCUUUUCUGGUGGCUCAGGUGAGAAAGCUGAACGAGAGCAACAGCAGAAGGUACCAGUUCUGUGACAAGCGGAUCAAAAAUCUGCUGCGCAAGAUUCACGCUGAUAAAGACAAGGUGGAAAAGAACCAGGGAGAGCCUUCCAAGGUUGUGAAAGUCCACGCCUCACUCCUCCUGAAGGACUCUCUGGAGGUGCACUUGAACAAUGCAACCAGGGUUGCCGAUGUCUUGAGGCAGUUUCAGAAGAACCUGUGCCAGAAUGGCUGGAAUAUUGUUAACACUGUCAACCUCCUCAAAUGUAACAACUCCACAGAGUGCACAAACCUGCUCCUGUAUGAAGUGGGAGGCAAUAUUGGUGAACAUUGCCUGGACCCAGACACUUACCUCUUGGACUUGUACCACAUCAACCCCCAUGCUGAGUGGAUAAUUAAGCAAAACCCAUCUUGUCCUCGGAUGUUUUAA